AUGACCGACAGCGGUCAAUCGAACCCUGUCUUCACGCCAAGCCCCAAUGGGCCGCCAACUCGGGUUCUCAGUAUCGCGAGUCAUGUUGUAUCCGGGUAUGUCGGAAAUACGGUUGCGACGUUUGUAAUGCAGCUGCUGGGCCUUGAAGUGUGUUCGCUGAACACGGUUCAAUUCUCGAAUCAUACGGGGUAUGGGAAGUGGACCGGGACAAAGAUCCCGUCGGCUGAGAUUGAUGCAUUGUAUGAAGGGUUGAAACAUAAUGAGCUGGCGGAUUUUGAUAUGUUAGCGACCGGGUACGUGCCAGGUGCCGAAGGAGUGGAGGCUGUGGGGAGGAUUGCAAAGGACUUGAAGGAGACUGGUGGCGGAGAGAAUGGGAUAAAGUUCUUUUGGGUACUCGAUCCUGUCAUGGGAGACUCUGGCAAGCUCUAUGUCAGCGAAACUGUGAUACCUAUCUAUAAAGGACUUCUUCCACUAGCAGAUUUGAUUACACCGAAUCAAUACGAAGUACAAUGGCUCACAGGGAUCAAGCUAACAUCACCCGUCGAUGUCUCAAACGCCCUAACCAUCUUCCACGCCGAGUUCAAGACUCCCCAUAUCAUCAUAUCAUCUGUUCAAUCUCUCGUAAACAAAAACGAGUACGUCUGCUUCGGUUCCUCGAUGACAGCAACCGGAAAGCCUCGAGCAUUCAGUAUCUCAGUUCCAAUGCUGCAAGGUCCGUUCGUUGGUACCGGUGACAUGUUUGCCUCACUAUUGGUAUCACGGUUCCGCCAUGCUGCCGCAGAUGCCGGAUUACUAGAGACACCCAGCUGGAUGAGUUCGGAUAAUGUCACUGCCACAGAACUACCUUUGGCAAGAGCAGCCGAGAUGGUACUAGCGAGUAUGGACAAGGUCUUAAAAAAGACAGGCAUAGAAAGAGAUAGGAAAGUUAAGUCUCUAGACGAAGAUGAUCAUGGUAAUGAUGCUCAAUUGAAACGAGCUCGAUACAUGAGAGCAGCAGAACUUCGACUUGUUUCAUGUAUCGAUGAGAUCAGAAGUCCAGUGGUAAAGUAUAGAGCAAAAGAGUUCAAAGACGGUGUACUCCAAGCUUAA